AUAAAUAUCUCAGCAUUGCCACUGCGUGUUUUUCACGGAUCCACAUCACUGCAGCUUUCCGGGAAUAACUGUUGUUGAAUCGAAAAAAAUGCAGAGUCUGCAGCAAAAGGCUUCCGAAUGGAGUGGGGUUGCCACAGACGACGCUUUUGCCAUCGACAAUACCAACCUCUUUCACAAGCUCGGCCUUCAAACAUUCAUUAACCUCUCCACCAAUUUCUACGACAGGGUAUACGCUGAAGAGGAAGAGUGGUUUCGUUCAAUAUUCGCUAACUCUAAGAAAGAAGACGCAAUUCAAAACCAGUACGAGUUCUUCGUGCAACGAAUGGGUGGACCUCCUCUCUUUUCCCAAAGAAGAGGACAUCCUGCUCUAAUUGGACGACAUCGCCCAUUUCCUGUAACGCAUCAAGCUGCAGAGAGAUGGUUACAUCACAUGCAACAAGCAUUAGACAGUACUCCAGAUAUAGAUGAUGAUUCAAAGACCAAAAUGAUGAACUUUUUCAGGUUCAUAUACUUAAAACAUGCAUGGAUAUAGUCUUUUUCGUCCAACAAUGACAUUAUCUGUUGUCUGACGUGACAAACAACAAAUCAUGUUGGUUGUAGUCUACAAGUUCUCCUACCGUCAUCUUAAAAGUUUAGCGUGAUUGCCUGUUUGUCACACCAAAAAACAGUUAACACUGUUGGGUGAGGAUGACUGCAUUUAUGCAUUUUUGGGGACCUAACCGGAUCAAAGUUUGAAAUGGGGACGAAAAUAAAAGAUCACAUUAUAGUUUAGAGACAAAAACAUAGUUGAUCCUUAUUUAUUUUCCAGGCACACUGCAUAUUUUUUGGUCGCUGGAGAUGAGCUAAAGAAUCAAAACCAACAGAUUCCCUGCAAACAUGCAGCCAAAAGAGAUGAUUCAUAAAUAUUUAUUUCAAUUUCCUUUUUAUUUAUCGCCUUCUUUAUCCCAAAACUUUGUAUAAAAAAUAGUUGAAGAAUUGUCCAAGCGUUGGAGAGAUAAAAAGGAUGUGUCACACAUUACACGCUUGCCAACUCAAGUAAGACGAGGUUCAUGAUUGUUAGCUUAGAAUCGAUAGUGCACUGAGAAAUUACAAAAAACAGUAUUGAAUUGCCUUUAAGUUGUACUCACUAAACUCUGGCAGGUCUAAUCCUUACUCAGAAGAUUUUAUGAUUUUUUCCUUGAAUU